UGUCCGGCCGCCGCGCAUGCGCGCUGGGCUGUACCGGCGCGGCCAUGGCGCACGGGCACGGGCCCGGCCGGUGCCGCUGCUGCGGGGAGGAGGCGGCGGAGCGCGGCGCGGCCUGGGGGCUGUACCUGCGCAUCGACCGGCAGCGCCUGCAGUGCCUCAACGAGCGCCGCGAGGGCUCCGGAGCCACCGUGUUCCGCCCCUGGGAGGAGCGCAGGGAUCGCUCUCAGUUCGUGGAAAGCGAUGAUGACGAGGAGCUGCUCUUCAACAUCCCGUUCACGGGCAGCGUGAAGCUGAAAGGAGUCAUCGUGAUGGGCGAGGACGACGGGACACACCCGGCCGAGAUGAGGCUGUUCAGGAACAUUCCUCACAUGUCCUUUGAUGACACAGCCAAGGAAGCAGAGCAGACCUUCAGCCUGAGCCGGGAUCCCUUGGGAGAGCUGGAAUAUCCCACCAAAAUUGCCCGUUUCUCCAAUGUUUACCACCUCUCCAUGCACUUCCCAAAGAACUUCGGAGCGGAGACAACAAAGAUUUUUUACAUAGGCCUGAAAGGGGAGUGGACGGAGGCUCAUCGCCACGAGGUCACCAUCUGCAACUACGAAGCCUCGGCGAAUCCGGCCGACCACAAGUUGGAACAAAUCACCCCUCAGAGUCACCUCAUCUCCUGACGGGGCUGCCACGAGCCUGCCUGGGGCAGCAGCGGCUCCCGAGGCGCCAGAGCAGCUCCGUGUCCGUGGGACAGACGCGGCGGAGCCGCUGUGGAGGCCCUGCCCGCGGGCAGCGCCGAGCCGUGUGCGGGGCCGGUACCGGCGGUGCCUGACAAUAAACACG